AUGAUGUGUACCAAGAAAAUGCAUACAGAAGAUUGGAAAUUCAUCGAGGAUAGUAAGAUAUGGGAAUGGGAGAUGUCUGCAAACUCAUCAUCAUCCUCUGAAAUUGGUGGCAAAAUUCUUCCAGGUCUCAUGCUGAGCUAUAAUGACUUGUUGCAUUAUUUGAAGAGUUUUGUUUAUUGUUGCAUUUAUCCAAAGGAUUAUGAGAUUGAAAGGGAGAUAUUGAUCAGGCAGUGGGUGGCGCAUGGAUUGAUUGAGGAAAAGGAAGGUACAUAUGUGGAAGUGACAGCAAACCAAUACAUUAAAGAUCUGAUGAACCGAUGCUUGAUUGAAGAAACCAAUGAUAGAUUUUAUUGGGGCACUUGUCUGAAGUUGCAUGACAUUUUGCAUGACCUUGCCUUAUAUAUAAGUGGCAAGGAAUAUAGCCAUGUAUCUGCUACUGAGCACACCCGCAAUCUGUCCUUGCUUGCUGUAGAUGGUGCAGAAGUGCAAAAACAGACAAAGGAAUCGGAAUUUGUAGCGGAAGGUCUGGGGAAGCUUACUAAUUUACGAACCUUGCAUAGGUUUAUGGUAUGUGAUGACAAAGGGAAGACAAGACGUUGGAAUAUGAAGGAACUAAAAGACUUGAAUAAACUAACGGGGGAAUUGUCAAUUGAACGUUUUGGUGGGGGAAGGGUGAAAGUAGUUGAUGCAAAGAAAGCAGAGCUUAAGGAGAAGCAUGAGCUAAUUUGGGUGAAAUUUGACUUCGAGGCGCGAGAGGAUGAUAAAGUUGGUAAUGCUUCUGAAGAGAGGGGUUUGCUGGAGGCUUUGGAACCUCCACAUGGCAUAGGGAGGUUGGGAAUUUGUGGUUAUAAAGGAGAUAGGCCUACGUGGAAUUUGGACACCAAUUACGGGGAGCUACAGAUGCUAUGCCUAGAUGUUUGCAUCGCAAAAUUUUUGUUCUCGAAGUGUGAUGGGCUCAACACGAUUGGUGACAUGCCAGCUUUAAAGAGGUUGUGGUUGUAUGACCUGAACAUUUUGAAGCAGCUCCCUACUCGCCUUCCUUCACUUGAGGGACUGAGCGUGAAUAAUUUGCCCAACUGCAGUACUAGUGCCAUUGGCAUUGCCAUCACAGGUAUCGACAUUUACACGAAUGUUGAUGAGGAGGUCAAAUGGGGAAGAGUGCCUGAGUGGGUGUGGGGUUUCUCGCAACUGGAGGAAUUGUACGUAACCUCUUUCUCUGAGGACAUCAGCUUGGGAGGCCACUGGCAGUGCCUCCCGAAGCUCAGAACGCUGUUGCUUGAAGACUUCCCCAAUCUGAAAUCUCUGGUGGACGCAUCACCAUCCUGUAAAUUUAAGUCUGCCCACAUAAAGGGGAAGACAUACGUUCAUGGAAUGGAACUUGCGAUGAAGAAAAGGACCACUAGCAAUGGAACUGCAUUCCUUACAAAAGCUUAA